AUGGCUGACGUUCAAAGUAAUGUUUCCCACCAAAAAGACUUACCCGAAAUUCCAUUUCAAUAUCACCCUGCAUAUGAUGAUCGAUACCGAGGGUCGCCCGUAAAACAACAACAAACGAAUGAUGAUCGACUUCCUUCGCCGCCACCCUCUUUGCCCACCGAAGAGGAUGACGAUUGUGACGAGGAAAUAAGAAAUGUCAUUGCAAAAGCUUCAAUGCUAUCUCAACAACGAAAAUCAAAAGUAUUACCGUCAAUACCUCCUUAUGUGGCAGACAAACAACAAUCAUAUGCACAACAACAGCAGCCGCCAUUAUCUCCUGCGCAUCAAAAACGAAAAAAAUACUUUAACCUCGGAAAAUCGUUAACAUCUCGUCUGGUCACGAAUGCUCCCAAAUAUAAGUUAUUUAAGAAAUCGCAUGCGAAAGAUAACGAUACCAAUAACAACGCUCGUCGUUACAUAAUUUCCAAUCCCAUCCCGAUAUCGGAGACACCCAAAGCAUCACUACUUGAUGCUCUUCCCACGCUUACUCCCUCCUCUCCAAUAUCCCAUCAACUUCCUUCCGAAUACUUUCCUCAUGAUUUCAAAAAGGAGGAAGAGGAUACUCGUUCCGAUACAUUAACCACCCCAGAUUUAACCAUCGACGAUCUUUAUCAUUUGGUUUUGAAUAUGCAAAAAGGAUUUCAAUUGCAAAUGAAUGAGAUGAAUAUGCAAAUCCUAGAGCUAAAAGCGGAAAUAAGACAGUUGAAGGGUGAAGAACAAGAGAACGAGAAUGAGGAAUUUACGGUACAAAGCGUGACCGGCACUGCGUCGAGUGUACGAAGUGUUACCCGGCAGAUGGAAAGAUAUGGUGGAAGUGGAAAGUGGUUCCAUAACGAAUACAUAUAG